AUGUCGCCCUUCUGGCAGCUCUAUGUAUCCCACGCUUUGUCAACGAUUGGUGACAGAAUAUGGCAGUUCGCGGUGCCGCUGAUGCUGGUGGAUAUAUUCCCUUUCACACUUCUACCUACAGCCAUAUUCGUGUUCUUCACAGGGCUGUCCAAGGCGGUCCUAUUACCUUUUCUGGGAAGGCUUGUGGACAGCACUGAUCGGCUGAGGGUAGCGAAGAUCGGGUCCUUCGUCCAGAACGGUGGUAUCGCCAUCUCGAUGAUGCUGCUGUAUGCUCUGGACAUGAUGACAGACUCUCACAGUGAACAGCCUUGGACGUUCGGCUCUGGCCUUGUCUUCGGAAUGUUCUUACUGGUGGGAGUAACGGGUGAUGUGAUAUCCUCAGUGGCGACGAUCAACGUAGAGAAGAAUUGGGUUAUGAUAAUUGUGGAGGACUUGUGCGAAUCGGAUCCUACCGUUAAUCCUGUAGAGUUGCAGACCCACUUGAACAGCGUCAUGCGUAGAGUCGAUCUCACAGCCAAAAUGGGCAGCCCUUUGGUCAUUGGACUAUUACUGACUGGUGGUCGUGGCACCGUAGUACGAGGGCUCUUCGCAGUGGGAGGCUGGAGUGUACUUACUGCAUGGCCUGUCUUUGCUCUAUGGAGAGGCGUCUAUGAGACCUAUCCAGGACUAAGGGUCAAACCUAUUCCGACAAUCGACGAUUCACCGAGGAGAAAUAAUAUGCUGGCAGUACUGUGGCGAAGUUGGGAGAUGUACUACCACGACCCGGUAUUUCUGGCCUCACUUAGUUUUUGCUUCCUGCAUUUCACCGUUCUAUCGGAUCAUCACCCACUGACAACGGCGUUCCUCGCCGAGGAGAAUAUGUCGCCUUUGUCGCUGGGUAUCGCUCGAGCGGCUGGGAGCAUCGGAGGAAUAAUGGCUACACUCAUGUGGCCUAUGGUCGUGAAGUCCUGCAAUGAUGAUAGUGUCCGCGCUGGAUGCCUCGCACUAUGGGCCUUCUGGAGCUGCAUUGCUCUUAUCGCUAUCGAGUUCGCCUUUCAUACAUCGAUUGAGACAGUGUUUAUGCUCACAAUGAUAGUCCUAUCGAGGCUCUUUCUCUGGCAAGUGGACCUCUUCAAUGUAGCUACUAUUCAGCAGUUUGUACCACAGAGUCGAAGGUCGGAGGUAACAGCAACACAAGCGGCCACAUGCCAGCUGUUGGAGAUGCUCAUGGGAGUCUUCGGAAUGCUGCUUAGUCGUCCCUCUGAUUUCAAGUUCCUCGUGUGGCUGUCGGGCGGUGGGAUAUCGGCCAGUCUAGGUCUCCUCCUACUAUGGCAGCGUUUGGUAUUACCGCGCAUGCUUGGGCGCCGCACAGGGGCAGGACUUGGUCUCCUACUGUGAAGCUUUACUUUUGUUUGCCGU